GUGAAGAAGUGCUGUCAGAUCAUGGGGCGAGACGAAGACUCGCUGACCGCUGCACAGAUCCUUUAUCCCCUCAUGCAGUGCGCGGACAUCUUCUUCCUGAAGGCAGAUAUCUGCCAACUGGGGGUCGAUCAGCGCAAGGUGAACAUGCUUGCGAGAGACUACUGCGACGCUGCAGGAAGGAAGUUGAAGCCGGUAAUUCUGUCGCACCACAUGCUCUACGGCCUGAAGAAAGGCCAGGCGAAGAUGUCGAAGUCAGAUCCAGACAGCGCCAUCUUCAUGGAGGAUGCUGCAGAGGAUGUUGUCCGGAAGAUCUCUGGUGCUUACUGUCCUGCAGCACCAGAGGACAUGGAGUCGUCGGAGGCCAAGAGUUCUGAGGGCAUGUCGUUGGUGGAGGACGAUCUGAAGAACCCAUGUUUGGAUUACAUCCAGUACGUCCUCUUCUCUCAGGAGGACUACGUCUUCAAAGUCGCGGGGAGCGACAAGGUCUACGAAAACUUCGAGGACCUGAAGCGGGCGUUCCUCGAUGGGCAUAUUUCCGAGGAGGACUUGAAACAGAGCCUCACGGAUGAGGUGAACGCGCUCCUCGAGCCA